AUGCAACGUGCCAUACAAGGAAAUGGGAAGUUUCGUGCUGCAUUGGAUCGUAAAAAUGACGAGAAGGCCGUGGAAACCGAAACCCCUAUGGAUUCUGAUGCGCCACAGUUUGUGAGACGAAAUUCGCUUUUGCCUCAUCGAAUAAGUGGACGAAAAAUUUCCUCGUCAAGGCAUCUUAAACGAAAAACAAAAGCAGAACCGGAAUUAUUCGCAAACCAGGAUGCGCCAUCGAUAUGUCUGAAAGCACCAGCUCUUCGAAAAAGAAAAGUCACUUUGCAUCGGGUAGAGCAUACCUAUGUAACUGUGGAGCUGUUGAAUGGAAAACUGGUCGAAGUUAGCUGCCGUUCGGAUGCUGUUACGUCCGAAAUCGCGGAUGUUGUGAUGAGGCAUAUGAAUUUUAACGAGAAUUCAUUCUUCGGUUUGACAAUUCUGAGAGAUGGAGAACACUUUUUCCUGGAAGGCCAUCAGCGUCUUGAGAAGUACGCACCACCAGGCUGGAAAAAUGCUCGACAGAACCGGCUGUCUAAAAGGCUCUAUAUGUUAUUUCUGCGUUUUCGCUAUUACCCUGCAUCACUUGCAUUUAUCCGCACUGAAGUAGUGAUGCAUCAGUUAUACCUACAGUUGCGACGUGACAUUCUGGAUGAUCGUAUUCAGCCAAAAAAUGACUUGUUGUAUGACUUGGCUGCUUUCGCCCUGCAAGCCGAAUUUGCGGACCGACCAAAUGUUGCCGUUUCAAAUUAUUUUGACGUACAGCAUUAUAUGCCGAAGCGAGUUUUUGAUAAUCAGGAUGAAAGUCCCAUAAUUCAAGCUAUCGUUGAACGACAUGGCAAAUAUCGUGGUAUGAAGCAGCAUGAUGCUGAAAAGCGCUUUAUUUUGGCUUUACAGAAGAAUUGUCCCAGACAUGUGCUUUGUAUAGCUUCAGAUGAAGUGACAGCAUAUCUUGGUUUUGGUGCCAGUUGCGCCAUUUUUUGCAUCCCACCGGAAUUGACACUACUCGGAAUCAUACGCCUCGCUUGUCUUUUACUCUGUCAACGUUUACCGGAUUACGGUGCUCAUCUGCACCGUGUUUUCACAUCAAAACCAUCUGUCAACCUUGGUAAUACUCCUCUUGGCGAUCCUGGCACUGGCGUAGCACAAUGGAUUGGCAUUUUGGCACGUGGAAUUAUACUGUUUGAACAAGAAAGUGGCGGUCGACAUGCGCAGACAGAGCAUCUUUGGCAAAAUACAGAGACACUGCAGUUCGACAAGAAGCGUUUCGUGAUUGUUUCCGAAGUCCAUGAGCCAACCACGACUAACUGGAUUGGUCUGAAGUUCAUUGACGAGCCGCUAAACCGAUUGCGCUUCGCGGAUGAUGUAGUUCUUAUUGCCAAUACGAAGUAA